UCCCUCUUAGGCUGCCAAAUUUAUAUAAACAAUUCAUAUUUCCCUCUUUUAAAAAAUCUAAUAAAUCAUCUCAUCUCAUCCAAUUAAUCAUUUCAUCCUACUAAAAAAAUCCCCAGUUAAUAUACUUGUCUCUUAGUGUUGCUGCAGAGCUCAGACAUCAUCUUCUGCCACUCACUCCUCUUCAAACCUCUCUCAAAUAGCUCUCAAGUCCAUCCCACUUCCCGCAUACCAUACCCUCACCGCAUCAUGUCGGAACGCCCUCAGAACAUCGGCAUCAAGGCCAUUGAGAUCUAUUUCCCCAGCCAGUGCGUCGACCAAGCCGAGCUCGAGAAGUUCGAUGGCGUUAGCCAAGGCAAAUACACCAUCGGCCUUGGCCAGACAAAGAUGAGCUUCUGCGACGACAGAGAAGACAUCUACUCCUUCGCCCUGACCGUGACCGCCAACCUGCUCUCGAAAUACAAGAUCGACCCCAACUCCAUCGGCCGCCUCGAGGUGGGCACCGAGACCAUGCUCGACAAGUCCAAGUCCGUCAAGUCGGUCCUGAUGCAGCUCUUCGGCAGCAACUCCAACAUCGAGGGCGUCGACACCAUCAACGCCUGCUACGGCGGCACCAACGCCUUCCUCAACUCCGUCAACUGGAUCGAGUCCUCCGGCUGGGACGGCCGCGACGCCAUCGUCGUCGCCGGUGACAUCGCCCUGUACGCCAAGGGCAACGCCCGCCCCACCGGCGGCGCCGGCGCAGUCGCCAUGCUCAUCGGUCCUAACGCUCCUGUUGUCGUCGAGCCCGGACUCCGCGGCUCCUACAUGCAGCACGCGUACGACUUCUACAAGCCGGAUCUCACCUCCGAGUACCCCAUCGUCGACGGCCACUUCUCCAUCUCCUGCUACACCGAGGCUGUGGACGCCUGCUACAAGGCCUAUAACGCCCGCGAAGCCACUCUCAAGAAGCUUGCUAACGGCCACGCUAACGGCCACGCCAACGGCGUCGCUGCUGAGGAGGACGCUUCCAAGACUCCCCUGGACCGUUUCGAUUACAUGACCUUCCACGCACCAACCUGCAAGCUCGUGGCAAAGUCCUACGCUCGCCUCCUCUACAACGAUUACCUCACCAACCCCACCGCCGCGGCCUUCGCCGACGUCCCAUCCACCAUCGCUGAUCUCGACUACAAGACCUCCAUCACCGACAAGAGCGUCGAGAAGACCUUCAUGGCCCUCACCAAGGCGCGCUUCGGCGCCCGCGUCCAGCCUUCCAUCGAGGUGCCCACUAUGUGCGGAAACAUGUACUGCGGAUCCGUGUGGGGUGGUCUCGUGUCCCUUCUGUCCAACGUCAGCUCUGAGGAGCUGCAGGGGAAGCGCAUUGGAGUUUUCUCCUACGGGUCUGGACUCGCUAGCAGCUUGCUCAGUCUGAGAGUUGCGGGACCGACUGGGGAGUUGGCGAAGGCGGUUGAUCUUAAGGCGCGCUUGGCGGCCAGGAGGACGGUCAAGCCGGAGGUUUAUGAUGAGCUCUGCGACUUGAGGAAGAAGGCGCAUUUGCAGAAGGGGUAUAAACCUGCUGGUAGCGCCGAGACUGUUGUGGCGGGUACUUAUUACCUUGAGGAGGUUGAUGAGCUGUUCCGUCGCAAGUACUCCAUCAAGGCUUGAAAAGCUCUCCGACUUGUCACACUACUCAUCACCACUCCCUCCCUCCUUAUUAGUGAGUGAGUGAG